AUGGAUUUAUUAUGGGCUGAUCCGGAAGCAGGAGCGCAAGGUUUUCAAAAGAACCAAAUCCGUGGUGUUUCUUGGGUUUUUGGGGAGACUGCUGUACGAGACAAGAUCAAGCAACUUGGCAUUGACAUGGUUAUUCGAGCACAUCAGGUGGUCGAAUUCGGAUACGCAUUUUUUGCGAAUCGUAAACUCAUCACGGUAUUCUCGGCAGCACGAUACCACGAAGAUCUGUGCAAUUUUGCAGCCGUUGUCAUUGUCGACAGCCAUCUUGAGUUGUCAUUUUUGCAACUUAAACCGAGUGAAUAUGAGCAGCAGCGGAAAGAGAAGCUUGUGCCGACUGGAGACGUUGAGGAAGAUAUGGAUGAUGAUAAAAUUUGA